CAGAUCAUAGACAUUCGCAACUGUAGUUAUCCGAUAAAAUUUAAGAGGCGUGAUUAGUAGCAAAUUAUAACAAAAUAUAAGAGUUAUUGGAGGAGUGAUUGAAACAACACAUACAAUGCCGCCAUUGGGAAGUGUUUUAGCACUUGGAAUAGUAAUUUUGGCUUGUGUUAGUGCUGCGCCUCCACCGUCAUUCCGUUCGGCUUUUAACAUCGACUGUAGUAAACCCAAAAAUCAAGUUAAACUUCACCCGCAUCCAACUGAUUGCACACAGUAUUUGCAAUGUGUCCACGGAAGCCCCAUGGACAGACCUUGUGCUCCAGGAACUGCAUUUAGUGCAUCUAAUGGAGUUUGUGUACAUCCUUGGAAAUCUGAUUGUUCUGCUGUGAAGGAACAUGGGCCUGAAGAAAAACCUAAGGGAUAUGCCAAAGAAAGACCUGUACCAAAGCCAGAGGCGAAGCCUGAACCGGAAAUUGAAAUACCUUCCACAACCAAACUUUCAGAAAAGCCAUCAACGCUCCCACAAAAACCUACAACUCUUUCUGAUUUUACAACUGAACUAUCAGAAGAAUCUACAAAUGAAACUUCAUCAUCUAAAUCUCCAACAACUGAACUCUUCGAAGAACCAUCAUCAGAACUCGCCGAUGUCACAACGGAAGUUUCAGAAAAAGUGGCAACUGAUCAAGAAGAACCUACAACGGAACAAGUUCCACCAAAACCUGAAGAAGGCAAGCAAAGAGAUUCAACUACUGAUGAACUCGAAGGUUCAGGUUCGAGUGCAACUGAAGAAGAAGAAGGUGGACAAGAAGUUCCAGGAUCAAGAUUAAAUCCCGCUGGAUCGGAAAGUUCAAGUCCAAGUGUACCUUCAAGACCUGAAGAAGAAGGACAAAAAGAUUCGGAAUCAGGUUCAGAUCCCGGCGAGUCGGAGGGUAGAAGUUUAAGUGUACCUCCAAGACCUGAAGAAGAAGGACAAGAAGAUUCGGAAUCAGGUUCAGAUCCUGGCGAGUCCGAGGGUUCAAGUUCAAGUGUACCUCAAAAACCUGAAGAAGAACAAGAAGCUUCUAGAUUGGAUUUAAAUCCCGCUGAAUCGGAGGAUACAAGUACGAUUGCACCUCCCAAACCUGAAGAAGACGGACAAGAAGAAUCUGAAGCUGGUUCAAAUCCCGAUGAAUACGGUUCAGAAGAACAGAAGAAGCCGAGUCCUGAAGAACUUUGCCAAAUUCACACAGACAGGUUCUUUAUUGCGGCACACCCAGAUCAAUGUAACAAGUUCGUGAUUUGCAGCUUCGGAAGAGCCCACCCUGGUGAAUGUCCACAGGAAGAAUAUUUCAAUCCUGUUAUCAACACUUGCUCCCCAGAUAAUUCCCACUGCAGCCCAUAAGUAGGAUGUAGGAAAAGAUGAGGCUGAACCAGUUGUCAAUGAAUAUUUAUUUUGGUUUAAUUUUUUGUUAUGUGUCUCAUCUUUCUCAGGGAUCUGAUUGAACUACUGAUUAUUAAAUUUGUUGUUUUUUUUUAUCCAUGUUGGCUGUAACAGGCUAAAAAAUAAACAUCUUUUGUUCUUUAAUCGGUUUUUUUUCAAUUGUACAAUUGUAAGAUCUUUUAUUUAUACCUUCAAUCAAUCAACAUACAUAAGUUGGAUGCCAUGGAAAAUUAUGGGGCUGGAGCAAUAAGCAAAUAGUUAUAGAAAUGGACAUACAACAUUUAUCUUCGAGCGACUGCAAUGUUUGCUUUCAUAACUUAAUGGCUACCUGUGAUCCCUACUUGUUUCAUUAAUUUUCGGAAAAUUUAUAAAAAGGCUUCCGCGAUAAUUUACGAUGUGUCAAGUCAGUUUAUUUCAAGAGUAAAUGAGCAGACCUCAGAGUUAUUUAUGUUCUUACAUUAUUUGUGCAAUAAUUUAAUCGAUAAUAUUGAACAACAAAUGUAAAAUGAAAAAAUUAGUGCAAGUUAUGAAUAAAUUAUGCUCUUGGAGCUAACUACCGAACGUGGUCGUUGGCGUUGUUGCCAUCAUGGAGUCUUAUGCUCUUCUUAUCUAAAGGGAGGUCGGAUUCAUCCUUGCUCUGUUUCACCUCUUCCUGCAACAUAACAAGAAGAAUACCAUUAUUAAUAAUAAUGGGUAUUAUUCUAACUCACGUAUUAAAAAUACGAUGCUGUUGGAUCCCUUUUAUGACAGAGCUGUAUGUUAAAGAAAGAUCAUUCGAAAUUAAAAUUGUUAACCACCAACCACCUUUUCGCGAAUUUGCCACCACAAGUCUAAGAAAACCUUGGAUCUGAAAUAAAAAUAUUUUACUACCCAGCAAACAUCGAACUAUCCCAUAGAAGUAUCAAAGAUAUACCUUGAGGUAUGCGACUUCGGCCUAGUUGUAAAUACAAUCUCGGUUCAAAACAAAGUUCAACUAAACCCGAUUGGUACUUGAGUUUUCCCAUUUGAAAUACAUUGCUGUCAGCUAUUAAUCAAAUUCUAUCAAAGAUAAUUCCCGAAGUCAAAAAUUUAGUAACUAUGUUGGCAACACAAGCCUUUUCUACAUAAAAAAUUUGAAAGCAUUGACAAUUUUACAUUAUAUUAUCGAAUUUAAUACCAUAAGAGGUUUCAGGAUUACCGAAUAAUACUUUUACCUGUCACGAAACGCGUUACGCAGCAACACCACGACUCCGAAGGAGGAGUGGUGCUGCUGGUAACGCGUUGAGUGUCAGCU